GUUGCAAUAAGCAACCAGUAUCCUAGGACAAUUGUGAGACAUUGUGCUUUUCAUAUUCAACAAAAUUUAAUAAAGAAAGUUAAACCAAAACUUCAAACUUUUGAACGCUGUUGGACAAAUUUAAUUAAUAAAUACCAAGAAGUUCAAAAAUAUUUUGAACGUGUAUUGUAUCCGACCAAAACAUGCUGGGCUUAUGCAUUUACCAAACAUAGCUUUUCAGCCAAUACACAUUCAACCCAAUGCGUAGAGAGUUUGAAUAGGGUUAUAAAAUUAGAGGCAAAUUCAGGAAAUUCAUUAUGCCAACUCCAGUUCAGAGUUGAAUUAAGACUAAAAGAUGAAGCCAAAUAUUCACGAUGGCAAGAAUUUCGGAAAAUGAACCCUACUACUGGAAUCCCCCGGAAGCAAAUGAUGGAAAGCCUGUUGUAUAGAGUUCGGAUAAAUGAACUUAAGGAUAUUAGUAUAACAAUGCAGAAUUCAAAUCAGUAUAAUGAAGGGUUUCUUGAGGAUGAUUAUGAAGAACCUCAAAUUUUAAUUAACAUGGCUUUGGAGGAUUGUUCAGAGGGUGUUUUGAGUGAAAUAUGGGAGUUUAAUAUUAAACUUGUGCCUUCCAGAUGGUAUUCGAAAGAAGGACUUUUGUUAAGAGAAGAAGUUCAAGAAAAAUCAAUUACACUAAUUCAAGUUGAAACUGAAUUUCAAACCAGCAUGUUUCAAACAUUAAAUAAUAUUCGUAGGCAAGAGAUAUUCGAUGAAUCUUUUAUAAAUUUAGAUUCAAAAAAAGAAAUAUAUGGCCGUGGUUUUGGGCUAUGCAAAAAGGCUUUAAAUUUGGCAAUCUUAAACAAUUCUAGCGAAGCUUUUGAAGAACUUUUACAACAAUUUAUUAAAAAGCAAAAUAAAAUGUCUACAGAAUCUUCCGAAGAUUCUAAUAACAUUAAUAAUAUCACAGAUCCGAUUUAG